CCGGCGUUCGUCGUCCUCCGAAGGGUCGAAUCACGUGCCCGAAGGUCGAAGAAGGCAGGAAGCACCUGGCUUGCGAGGCAGGAACCGGAACCGGAAUCGAGACUUCCGGAGACUCGAGGGGUCCCACACAGAGCGCGUGAUCGUCGCACAAUUCCCAAAAUCGAGCUUCAACUUAGUCCCGACGAUACCGUGUGACGUGAUCCUCACGUGGCUACCGGCGAGAAUUUAGACUCCGAAAUGAACAUCCAGAAACCAGAAGGUCUGCUCUCCGUGGUGCUGCCAGGUGAUCUACUAGCGUCGCCUAGUUCACAGGAGCUUUUGCCUCGGGAUGAAGAGACGUCAGAUUGUCCACUUCUGACACCGAGUCCGCCACCAGGUCAAAUGUUCAAUCCAUUGGAAAACUCGGCAAUUUUCAGCCCUCUUGAGGGAACCUCGCUGGAUAUGACUUCCGCACAGACUUUGGAUAAUUUCAAUUCAGAAAACGGUCUGAACGGAUAUAUAAAUCUAGUCACGCUCAACAGUUCCAGUAAACCUCUGAACGACGAACCCAGCUCUAGAGAUCCAAUGGUAGAGUCUAGCAGUAGUAGUGCCAGCAGUAGCGGAGAUAACGAACCCGUUUGUGCCCAGCUCCUCACGCAGCUUAACACAGCGUACCAACACCUUGCUCCAGAUGCGCAGGCUCUUUUUUACAAUCAGGAGAAUGGCGGAAAACCUCCUUUGGUGGGCAUCCAGCUGGCAGUCCAAAAGAGUCCGAAAGAUUACCGUUUCAUGGCAUGGAAUUGGCCGCUUAUUCGCAAGGCGUGCUUUUGGUCUUUCAUGUCAUUUCUUGUCGGCUGUGUGGCACUCGUCAUCGGUAUUAUCACCACGAUGCCCAAGAAAUGCGAUCCACCAGUCGAAUGGUGGCAAGGUAGUGUCUUCUACGAAAUAUUCCCGGCUUCGUAUCAAGAAUCUUCAAAAAUCGGUGACGGCAUCGGAGACCUGAAGGGGAUCACCAACCGGCUGGACUACUUGACAGAUCUCGGCGUGCGAGUCGUUCGAUUGAAUUCCAUAUUUCCAGCCCCAGGAUACCCUGAGUACUACGGGAACGUGACGACACUUCUCAAAAUCGACGAGCACCUAGGAAAGCACGAAGAUUUCGACAAUCUCCUGCUGGCGAUACAUCAAAGGAACAUGUCGUUGGUCCUGGACCUCCCUCUGCACCCCUACAUCACACGAUAUUUCAACGACGGUAACUCCCACACUGGUAAGCCGAGUAAAAAGGACAAGGCAGUGAGAGAGAGAAGAGACGAGAGUGCCUCGGUGCUUCCCAAAGUUUUCCCGGUACCCGAACCUACCUCCUUUGAAUCCAUCAGGAACAUCCUCACUUCGGUACCGCCACCGUUGGAUACUGAGCCUGCAACUUCAGUCCCAUCAGCGUCUGCAGAGCAGGAGAAAGAUCAUCCGGUGACCGAGGUGACAGAGGCUAUCAAGUUUUGGCUCCAAAAAGGCGUCGAUGGUUUCUACCUCAAGGGACUCGAGCAUUUGGUCAAGGAAGCGAGCUUCGUCGAGUUGGUCAGGCACUGGAAGUCGUUGGUGGGGCCAAACAGGAUCCUCAUCUGCAGUAUCGAGGUGCUGGACAGCGCACCGUCUGGACCUUCGAAGAACGUGAUUUUGGAAAGGUUCGACCUGGUUGAUGUCACCUUGAAUUUUGAGAACGGGACAACUGGGCUCAAGAGCCAAGUUGACGCCGUUUUGAACGGCGCGUUGUUCCGGAAACCGGGAUAUCCUUGGGUACAUUGGAGCGUUGGGGGAGUUGAAAAAGGACGAAUUGCGUCCAUUCUUAACAGCACUCUAAGCACGAACAAUGCAAGCAUAGCCGCGUCUCUUCUGGGAAUGAUGCUACCCGGAUCUCCAAGUAUAUUCUACGGGGACGAGAUUGGGAUGCUGAAUUGCGAUAGCGAAGAUCAUCAGGACAUCAAGCAUGUUCAUAAUCUCUCGCCAAUGGACUGGGACGAGGUUACCAAUGGGGACAAAUUCUGUUCCGACAUCAUCCCAUGGCUUCCCAAACCCCCAAAACCUGUGAAAACUACUCUCGUUGGGGCAAUUCGCGGUAUGGCAAAACUCCGAUCGCAGGCACCGACGAUUUACGUCAAUGCGGUAUAUAAGGAUCACCAAAUUAGGGGGAAUUGCGGAAUUAGAUACACGGCAGAUGAUCUGCUUGUUCUCGAGCGUUGGUAUCCUCGACGUAACUCGUAUGUUAUGGUGGCUAACUUCGGGUCAAAGAAUCGUACCAAAGAUUUAUCUUCACUUUACUAUGGUGGACACGUAGUUGUCGGUAGCGUCAACCAAAUCAACCACACCGUCUACUUUAAAGAGCUCAAUAUUCUCCCUGGGGAAGCUUUUGUCAUAAAGCUGGACAAGUGAGAUUAUAGAUAACACUCGGGAAAUCAUUUCUAUACAAGAUAUUAUCUUUUAACAGUAAAUUUUAUCGUUGAUUGAAGUGCAGAUUUCGAAAAGUCUUGCGAAUUUCACUUUGCUCGCUGGCGAGCAGAGAUCUCCUGGUCUGAAACGUAUUCGUUUUACUUCACAGCAAUUUCCACAUUCCACGAGGAAGAUUGUAGGUAUAUACCUACGUUAUUUGAAGGGUCGCCACUCCUCUGGAAAGUUGGAGUAUGUCAGGGAUUUUUUUUUUAAAUAAAAAAGUUAGAAAGACAGAGAAUUUCGAAUACUUGCAAUUUAUCUUGGAAAUUCCGUGAAAUACGGUGUUUAAUCUUAUUUGCAA